AUGACCAACCCACAGCAACCUCAUUUUGAGACCUUGCAGCUUCAUGCUGGUCAUGAACCAGACUCAGCAACCAAUUCCCGUGCAGUGCCUAUCUAUGCAACAACGUCAUACCAAUUUAAUGAUUCAGCACACGGCGCAAGACUCUUUGGCUUGAAAGAGUUCGGCAACAUUUACAGCCGAAUCAUGAACCCGACGGUUGAUGUCUUCGAGAAGCGAAUUGCUGCCCUUGAAGGUGGUAUAGCCGCUGUAGCGGCCUCUUCUGGACAAGCAGCUCAAUUUAUGGCAAUCUCCGCUCUCGCGCAUGCUGGUGACAACAUUGUGUCAACAAGCAAUUUAUACGGUGGCACGUAUAAUCAGUUCAAGGUUCUUUUCCCUCGUCUGGGUAUCACAACCAAAUUCGUCCAAGGAGACAACUCAGCGGAUAUUGCCGCAGCGAUCGAUGAGCGUACAAAGGCCGUUUACGUCGAAACGAUUGGAAAUCCUCGGUAUAAUGUGCCUGACUUUGAGGCGAUUGCCAAGGUUGCUCACGACAAUGGCGUACCAUUAGUGGUUGACAACACUUUUGGUGCUGGCGGUUACUUCUGUCGUCCCAUUGAGCACGGAGCAGAUAUUGUGGUUCACAGUGCGACCAAAUGGAUUGGCGGACACGGUACCACCAUUGGUGGUGUUGUUGUUGACAGCGGGAAAUUCGAUUGGGGAAAGCAUGCGGCACGCUUUCCUCAGUUCGUCGAGCCAUCUGAAGGGUACCACGGUUUGAAGUUCUGGGAGACAUUUGGAUCUCUUGCCUUUGCUAUACGUGUUCGGGUUGAGAUUCUCCGCGACCUUGGGUCGGCACUGAACCCUUUCGCGGCACAGCAGCUUUUGCUGGGGUUGGAGACUCUGAGUUUGCGAGCCGAGAGACACGCAGACAACGCACUGGCAUUGGCUAACUGGCUGCGUAAUAAUGAGAAUGUGGGCUGGGUCUCCUACCCUGGCCUGGAAGAUCACCCUAGUCAUGGAAUUGCUAGGCGCUAUUUGAAGCGUGGCUUUGGUGGUGUUCUAUCAUUUGGCGUCAAAGGGGGUGCGGCUGCUGGUAGCCAGGUGGUUGACGGCUUCAAGCUGAUUUCCAAUCUUGCGAACGUCGGAGAUUCUAAAACUCUGGCCAUCCAUCCUUGGUCAACAACACACGAACAACUCGCCGAGCAGGAGCGCCUUGACUCAGGCGUCACUGAGGAUGCCAUUCGGAUUUCCGUGGGUACUGAGCACAUUGACGAUAUCAUUGCCGAUUUCACACAAUCUUUCAAGGCUUUCAAUGCCACAGGUGCCUAG